ACACACCCCAAGCUUCGCACCUCAACAUAAGCAAGUGCAAGAGACAAAAGAAAAACCCUAAUCGUAAACCCUAGCUAGUUCCGUCUGCGAUGUCGGCAAGAGAAGAUAGCGACUCCGACGCCCCGGAGGAGUUCACCGCCGAACAGGCAAUACAAAAAGAUGAAGAAAUAACAACCAUUCAGAAACAAAAUAAAGCCAGGAUUGCCCGUGAAGUAAAAGAACGUCGCAGAAAAUGGGCCGAAAAGUUAACGCCACGUCAACCUCGUCCGAACAAAAACGUCCCAGAUGAAGAAGAGGAAACGGAAACACCAUCAAAUAAAGGAAUGCUCCCAGAUGACAUUGUCAAAUUGCUUGCAGCCAAUGAAAAGAAAGUUUUCUCCUCAGAAUCGGAAGAUGAAAAAUCCGAGAAAAAACCAAGAAAGAAGAAAUCCAAACGCUCAGGGAUGGAGCCGGUUAUUCUGAAGGAGUUACCUCCGCCUCCAUGCUUACAAAACUCGUUGGAGUUUUUAAAGAAACGGAAAAUGCAGGUUCCAAGAUCAUCUGCAGUUCUGGACAACUCGAGCCAAGCAUUGCGGUUUCUUUCUUCGUCCGGUUUGUUAAAAUGAAAAUCGCGUUAAAGAGAUUUUUUAAGGUAUUGCCGAAACUAAGAGUGUAAUAUUUUUGAGCAUCCAAUGAUUGUUUCCGUUUUUGUCUUUAUAGCAUUGCUUUCAUUCUUAUC